AUGAGACGUAGAUUAAAUACGACAGAGACGAGAGCACUGAGACGUACACGUAUUCGGUCUCAACAUAUACAGUAUCUAUCUAUCUAUCUAUCUAUCUAUCUAUCUAUCUAUCUAUCUAUCUAUCUAUGUGUACAGACUAGAACGAAAGACAGUCUUGGUCAUGAAGGUUUGGAUCGCCCUGGUGACAUGAUCGAUCGUGACACUUACCAAAACGCCCCAAGGCAAAAACGAAUGAGGACAUCUUUUAAGCAUCACCAGUUAAGGACCUUAAAAUCCUAUUUCGCCGUUAAUCACAAUCCAGACGCAAAGGAUUUGAAACAUUUAGCCCAGAAAACUGGGUUGACGAAACGGGUUCUUCAGGUUUGGUUCCAAAAUGCUCGGGCAAAAUUUCGACGAAAUUGUCAAAAACAAGAACAGGAUAGGGUGUCCGGUGGUGGUCAACCAGGCCAGAAUCAGUCAAGCCAAGGCAGUGACAAAAGCGGGACCGCUGACAGUCAAGCGAUAGGCGAACUCUCAAACGAACGUUCACCAGGAUUGUCAGACAUCAGCUCGGCUCCAUCUUUGUCUGAUCUGCAAGGAAGCUGUCUUGACUCGGAUCAUUCAAACAGUCUCUCGGAUUUUUUCACGGGAAAUAUUGCGUCACUGAGUUCCUGA